AUGGAUGCACGAUGCCAGUGCGGCUCUGUCGAGUUUAAGACGCCUCUGGACAAACCUCUUGCCCUGUACAUCUGUCACUGUCUAGACUGUCGUCGUCAGACAAGCUCGGCAUUCGGGGCAUCGGCCAUUUUCCCUGUCUUUGAGCUGCCCAGGUCAGAGCUGUUGAGCUGCUACUCCUACUUUUGUCGCAACUGUGGCACACGCCUCUUCCACACUACACCGGCACGAAACGUCGUCUCCAUCAAGGCUGGGUGCAUCGAAGGUCUAGACUGGAACAAGGCAAUUCACAUCUGGACAAAGAACGCCAUGGUACCUAUCCCCGAAGGCGCUGAGACUCAUGCCCAGGAGGCAGGGUACCUGUCGUAUGGAUCCAGCAUGUCGGAUUUAGACCAGCCUGGUCCGCUGGCUGGUAGCGGCCACUGUCACUCUUCCGAGUUCAGCAGCAGCAGUGGUAGUGCUACUGGUUAG